AUGGAGUUAGUUUCUCAUCGAACCACUUGGCUUCGCGGAACCCCCCUUCUCUCCGCUAUCACCUCUGUCUGUGCUUCUGCCUUUCUCCUCUUCGGCUACGACAAUGGCGUCAUGUCCGGCGUCGUCAUUUCGUCUUAUUGGCUUCAAGAAAUGGGCCACCCUUCCACAAUCAUGGUUUCGACUAUAACAGCCUUGUAUGAUGUCGGGGCAGUGUUUGGUGCCAUCGCCGCUGCUUUCACAGCAGAAAAGCUUGGUAGAAAAAGAUCGUUGAUAUUCGGAAGCAUUAUAGUGGUGAUCGGGUCGAUCUUGAUGGGAACCAGUGUCGAAAGAGUGCAAAUGAUGGUUGGAAGAAUUGCGACUGGUUUUGGAAUUGGUUAUUUGACCUCAGCUGCCCCGGUUUACCAGUCUGAAGUCUGUCUACCGUCCCAACGAGGCUGGCAUAUGUGCAGCCAGCUGUCAAUGAUGCUUUUCGGGCUUAUGAUCGCAUAUUGGAUGAACUACGGUUUUUACUUCCAUCCGGGCACCCUCCAGUGGCGCUUUCCUCUGCUCUUUCAAAUAAUUUUCGCCGUCUACAUGAUUAUUGUCGGUGUCUUCUUACCAGACACCCCCAGAUGGCUCAUGUGGCACCGCCCAUCCACAGACGAAGGCCUUGCAGUCCUUUCGCGGCUUCGGAAUCGCCCAGGUAGUGAUCCUGCAGUGGUUCAAGAGCAAGAUGAAAUUCUUGAGGCAAUUCGCAUCGAGUCGCAGGAAGAAGGCACAUGGAUGGAUCUAUUUCGUGACGGGGGUACUAGAGCCGAUAAGCGGUUCUAUCUCGCAUUGGGUAUUCAGUUCAUGCAGCAAAUGGCCGGUAUCAAUAUAAUCACGUACUAUGCGCCAACCUUGUUUACAGAGAGUCUAGGAAUGACGCAAGAGCGCGCGCUCCUGGUGGGGAGUUUUCUGCAGGUGUGGUACAUCUUUGCUUCAUUUUUGACAUGGUUUAUGAUUGAUGUUGUCGGUCGACGGCGACUGCUAAUCUCUAUGGCACUGGGAAUGUGUGCCAUUAUGAUCUUUGAGGCAGUAUGUGUUGCUAUUGAUAAUCGAUCUUCCAACAUUGCAGCCGUAGCUCUUGUGUUUCUUUUUGAGGGCUGCUUCACCUGGGGGUGGAUGGCAUGUGUUUGGAUAUACCCGCCGGAGAUCCUUCCAUUGAAAAUCCGAGCCAAGGGCGCAGCUUUAGCUGCAGCAGCAGAUUUUGUUGGUAAUUUUCUUGUUGUCGAAAUAACACCCCCAGCUCUUCAAAAUAUCGGCUACAAGACCUACAUAAUUUUCGCGGUCUUCAACAUCGUAAAUGCUGCAAUUGUCUUCCUCUUUUAUCCGGAGACCAUGAGCCUGCCUCUCGAGUCUGUCGAUUUGCUUUUCAUUCAAAAGAACGAAUCGAUGGACGAGACAUCUUCAAAAAGAAAAUCAUUUUAUCAGCACUUACAGUGGUGGGUUGUCCCCAAGGCUUGGGAAUUGGUCAAGGAAGAACGAACAACCGGCACUGCAAGACUCAGGGCGGAGGAGCAACGGUCAAACGAAGAUUCCCCUGUUGGUAAUAUCAACAGCUCAAAGGGGGAUGAGGGUAAUGCGGUGCAAGCCGAUCAUAUCGGUUGA